CUUUAUAGGGAGCGCCGGCCGCGCGCUGGGAAGUCGGUGCCGCUGCCGUCUCUGCGUUCGCCAUGCGUCCCGGGGCGCCAGGGCCACUCUGGCCUCUGCCCUGGGGGGCCCUGGCUUGGGCCGUGGGCUUCGUGGGCUCCAUGGGCUCGGGGGACCCCGCGCCCGGUGGUGUGUGUUGGCUUCAGCAGGGCCAGGAGGCCACCUGCAGCCUGGUGCUCCGGACUGACAUCACCCGGGCCGAGUGCUGUGCCUCCGGCAGCAUCGACACCGCCUGGUCCAACCUCACUCACCCGGGGAACAAGAUCAACCUCCUUGGCUUCUUGGGCCUUGUCCACUGCCUUCCCUGCAAAGAUUCGUGCGACGGCGUGGAGUGCGGCCCAGGCAAGGCGUGCCGCAUGCUGGGGGGCCGCCCGCGCUGCGAGUGCGCGCCUGACUGCUCUGGGCUCCCGGCGCGGCUGCAGGUCUGCGGCUCAGACGGCGCCACCUACCGCGACGAGUGCGAGCUGCGAGCCGCGCGCUGCCGCGGCCACCCGGACCUGCGCGUCAUGUAUCGGGGCCGCUGCCGCAAGUCCUGUGAGCGUGUGGUGUGCCCGCGGCCACAGUCGUGCGUCGUGGACCAGACGGGCAGCGCCCACUGCGUGGUGUGUCGGGCGGCACCCUGCCCUGUGCCCUCCAGCCCCGGCCAGGAGCUUUGCGGCAACAACAACAUCACCUACAUCUCCUCGUGCCACCUGCGCCAGGCCACCUGCUUCCUGGGCCGCUCCAUCGGUGUGCGCCACGCGGGCAGCUGCGCAGGCACCCCUGAGGAGCCGCCAGAUGGUGAGUCGGAGGAAGAGGAAGAGAACUUCGUGUGAGCCUGCAGGACAGGCCUGGGCCUGGUGCCCGAGGCCGCCCCCCACCCCGUUAUUUAUUGCCACAGCAGAGUCUAAUUUAUAUCCCACGGACACUUCCUAGGGCCUGGAUUCGGACCAAUUGGGGAUCCCAGAACCCCCUGGAAGGACUGAGGAAGGGAGGCCUGGGGGCCGGCUGGUGGGUGGGACAGACCUGCAUUCCGGACACCGAGCGCCUGAUUUAGGGCCUUUCUCUAAGAAGCUGCAGCCCCUACCCUAAGACCUAUUGCUGGGGAGGACUCCACCCUUCUGCUCUGCUCCUUUGGGGAUAAACCUGUUAAUUAUUGCUACCAUUAAGAGGGCUGGGCAUUCCCUGCUGGUAAUUCCUGAAGAGGCAUGACUGCUUUUCUCAGCCCCAACCGUCCUAGAACAGGGGCCUUGGGCUUAGGCCAGAAGGAACAGAGGAGGUCUAGCCUGGGUGAGUACGGAGGGUCUAGCCUGGGUGAGUACGGAGGGUCUAGCCUGGGUGUGUAAGGAGGGUCUAGCCUGGGUGUGUAAGGAGGGUCUAGCCUGGGUGUGUAAGGAGGGUCUAGCCUGGGUGAGUACGGAGGGUCUAGCCUGGGUGUGUACGGACGGCUUCAGCCUGGGUGAGUAUGGAGGGUCUAGCCUGGGUGUGUACGGAGGGUCUAGCCUGGGUGUAUAAGGAGGGUCUAGCCUGGGUGAGUACGGAGGGUCUAGCCUGGGUGUGUAAGGAGGGUCUAGCCUGGGUGUGUACGGAGGGUCUAGCCUGGGUGAGUACAGAGGGUUUAGCCUGGGUGUGUGUGUACGGAGGGUCUAGCCUGGGUGAGUACGGAGGGUCUAGCUCAGCGGGUGGUGUGUACGGAGGGUCUAGCCUGGGUGAGUAUGGAGGGUCUAGCCUAGGUGUGUACGGAGGGUCUAGUCUGAGUGUGUGUGGGAACCUCAGAACACUGACCUCAGUCCAGCAAGCCAGGCCCUUCAUGAAGGCCAAGAAGGCUGCCACUGUUCCCUGCCAGCCCAAGAACUCCAGCUUCCCCACUGCCUCUGUAUGCCCCUUCCCGUCCUGCAAAGGCCGCUGAGAAAUGCCCAGUGUGACCCAUGGGAAAGGGCACGGCCUGUCCUCCUGACACGGGCCGUGCUCAGCCACAGAACCGCCCAGCGCCUCCCCUGCUGCCGUCCACGUCAGUUCACGAGGCGACAUCACACCGUCUCAGGCAUGCGGCAGCCAGCGGCAGCUCAGCGCAGGGCACUGUGUCCAGCGGAGCCCAGUCCACUUUGAGGGACUCCGGCAGGGACCACGGACCCCUGCUCACCCACUGGCCCCGAGGAGGGUAUAGAUGCCAAGACUCACGCAUGUGUGACAUCUGGAGUCCUGGAGCUGGGUGUCCCAGCAGCACCACUAGGUGCCUGCUGCCUCCAAGGUGGGGUUCACACCCAGAGCUCCUUGGUCCCCUACAUGUAGCCCGCCCCGGCUACGUGCCAGACCUGCCUCACCCACCAGCACAGCCAGAGCUGGUGACACCAGCCAGGUGCUGGUCUUGGGCCAGUUGUCCCAUGACGGCUCACCCUCCCCUCCAUCUGGGUUGUCGCUCAGAAUUGCCUACCUGUGCCUGCGUGUAAACCAGAGCCUCAGACCAGCUAUGGGGAGGGGACAACGUGGAGGAAAUCCAGCUUCCCCGGUCUGGGGUGAGGAGUGCCGGGAGCUUGGGCAUCCUCCUCCAGCCUCCUCCAGCCCCCAGGCAGUGCCUUACCUGUGGUGCCCAGAAAAGUGCCCCUGGGCUGGUGGGUCUACGGGAGCCUCAACCAGGCAGCCCUCCCCACCCUGGGGCCCUGCCUCACCAAAGAAAUAAAGACUCAAGCCAUU